CUGCCUUUCAUUCUAUUUCUGUUUCUCUUUUCUUAUGUGAAGCGGUUCGGCUUCUUUUUAUCUGGUUAUUGGGAAAUAUUUUCCUGGGAAUUAUUUAAGAUUUUUUUUUUUUAAUAAAAAAUCAAAUAUUUUCCGACCAUGGAGGUGUCUGUGAUGGGUAAUUCUCAGGGAAAUAUGGUCAGGACAGAAUUAGCCUACAGAAAGUUGAGGUUCUGUUGUGUUCCCAAAAAUGAUAAGUUAAUAUUUUCUAGGAGAAACAGUGGUGUUUGUUUGGUGGGUCAAGGUUCGAGGUGGAGAAAAGCUCAGCUUCGAUUUACUUCAAAAGCUGUUCAUUCUCAACCCCUUGUCCGAUCCGAUCGUCUUUCUGCUACUAAAAGCAAAUCGUCUGAUGGUGUAAAAUUGUUCGUUGGGCUGCCGUUGGAUACUGUUUCUAGCUGCAACGGAGUGAACCAUGAGAGAGCGAUAGCGGCUGGGCUAAAAGCUUUGAAACUCUUGGGAGUGGAGGGUGUUGAGCUACCGCUGUGGUGGGGAGUAGUGGAAAAGGAAGCCAGGGGGAAGUAUGAAUGGUCAAGCUACCUUUCUGUCGCCGAGAUGGUUCAGAAAGCCGCUCUGAAGCUUCAUGUUUCACUCUGUUUCCAUGCUUCCAAGCAGCCGAAAAUUCCACUUCCAGAGUGGGUAUCCAAGAUUAGUGAAUCCCAACCUAGCAUCUUUUAUAAAGAUCGGACAGGACAGCAUUAUAAAGACUGCCUGUCACUGGCUAUCGAUGAUCUUCCAGUUCUUGAUGGGAAGACUCCAGUUCAAGUUUACCAAGAAUUUUGUGAGAGCUUUAAGUCUGCAUUCAUGCCUUUCAUGGGUUCCACAAUCACGGGCAUCUCAAUGGGUCUAGGACCAGAUGGUGAGCUUCGAUAUCCAUCUCAUCAAGGCAAAAGCAAAACCCCAGGAGUUGGAGAGUUCCUUUGUUACGAUGAGAACAUGCUUAGACUUCUUAAACAACAUGCUGAAGCAACUGGAAAUCCUUUAUGGGGACUUGGUGGUCCUCAUGAUGUGCCCAAUCAUGAUCAAUCACCUAACGUAAACACUUUCUUCAAGGAUCAUGGCGGAUCUUGGGAGUCUCCUUAUGGCGACUUCUUCCUUUCCUGGUACUCAAGCCAGUUGAUAUCUCAUGGGGAUCGCCUUCUCUCCCUAGCCUCUUCGGCUUUCAGGGAUAACGGAGUGAAUGUUCAUGGCAAAGUCCCACUCAUGCACUACUGGUACAAAACUCGGUCCCAUGCUUCUGAAUUGACAGCUGGGUUCUAUAACACAAUCAACAAAGAAGGUUAUGCAGCAGUUGCUGAGAUGUUCAUGAAGAAUUCGUGCAAAAUGAUAUUGCCAGGAUUGGAUCUUUCAGAUCAUAGCCAGAAUCAUGAGUCCUCAAGCCCCGAAUUAUUACUUGGACAAAUCAAAGCAGCUUGCAUACACUACGGGGUUGAGAUUUCUGGGCAGAACUCAUCAAUCUCAGAAGCUCCUGCUGGUUUUGAUCAGAUAAAGAAAAAUUUGUUGGGUGAGAAGAAUGUGGUAAACUUGUUCACGUAUCAGAGAAUGGGAGCUUCAUUCUUUUCACCGGAUCAUUUCCCUUCAUUUACUCAGUUUGUUAGGAACCUUAAUCAACCUGGAUUGGAUUCAGACGAUUUAGCAGAAGAGGAAGAAAUCACAGAAUCCUCACAUAUGAAUUCAGAGAUAAGCAUCCAAGUACAAACAGCUUAGGUUUGGUUUACAUUGAUGUAAAUAUAAUGUUAUUGUACGUGAGAAGAUUGUAUUGGGCAGGAGGAUACCAAAGAGGACUGGGGACUUCUGUUUUUUUUAUUGAAACCCAAAAAAAAAAAAAAAAAAAA